AUGGAGGUAGCUAGCAUAAUACUCUUGGAUCAACCUGUUGGAACUGGCUUCUCCUACUCAACAACUCCUCUUGCUGAUAAGCCUAGUGAUACAGGAGAAGUAAAACAGACUUACAAAUUUCUUCAAAAGUGGCUUGUGGAUCAUCCAGAGUAUGUUUCAAAUCCUCUUUAUGUCGGUGGAGAUUCUUAUUCCGGUAUAGUUGUUCCAACUAUUGGUUAUGUUCUUGGGAACCCGCAAACAGAUUUUGAUAGUGAUUGUAACCAUAGGAUUCCAUAUGCUCAUGGAAUGGGACUGAUCUCUGACGAACUCUUUGAGUCGCUUAAGAUAAGCUGCGAAGGAAAUUAUGUAAAAGUAGAUCCUAGUAAUACACAAUGCUUGAAAUUGGUGGAAGAAUACGAUAAGACGUAUCAGUAUUUGCUAGCUACAAAUUGGGCAAAUGAUAAAGAUGUAGGCAGAGCACUUCAUGUGGUGAAAGGAAAUAUAGAGAAAUGGGUGAGAUGCGAUUUGGAUUUGGCUUAUGAGAAAGAUAUAAAGAACAGUGUACCCUAUCAUAGAAACAAUAGCAUCAAAGGGCUUUAUAGGUCAUUGAUUUAUAGUGGUGAUCAUGACAUGUUUGCGCCUUUUCUUGGAACACAAGCUUGGAUUAGAUCUCUAAACUAUUCAAUCAUUGACCAAUGGAGACCAUGGUUUGUUAACAACCAAGUUGUUGGAUACACAAGGACUUACGCCAACAAUAUGACAUUUGCUACUAUUAAAGCAAGUUCCUUAUUACUCUGGGAUCUCAUCAGAUGUUUUCUUUAUAAUCUUAUCGAAGGAGGACAUACCGCAGAGUAUAAACCAGAAGAGAGCUUCAUGAUGUUUCAAAGGUGGAUAAGUGGGCAACCUCUGUAA